AAAAAGAAAAUUUUAGCUUACCUCCCACUUCGCGGUGGACUCGAGAACACUGAAAGCUGCUGGAAACGGAGGUCGGCGAUACCCGGUGGUAUCAAGCCUCACGAAAUAAAACACAACAGCAGCUGCGGCGACGAUGAUAGGAGGCGGUUGAAGUAA